AUGGGUGGUGUGGGUCUCCCUUCAUCCCUCACGUCUCCCUUUUCCGAUGCCCUAGGCGUCUGUGGCACUGGGCCCCUGAGUUCUGGAGGUGCGGAUUCCAGAGCCCAUGUCUCUCUGAAGAGGGUCCAAGGAGACUUCGUGUUGUUCCACGUGACUCGGGAGCUGGUAGGAGACACAGAAGCUCAGCUGGAGCAGAUGGUGUGGGGCUUUGGCCCUGAUACCAACUACACAGUCCUGCUGCAAGUGGUCAGGGGUGGGGACCUGCCAACUUUGAUCAGCCUCCAGGACAAGUACAGGCACAGGGUCCAUGCGCCCAAUAUGACAUCCCUGCUCAUUGUGAACCUGACCUGUGAGGACAGUGGGCAGUACCGGGCUCGAGGCAGCUUUACUGAUGGAAGGGGAUUUACCCAGGUGUUCCAGCUCACUGUCUAUGAGCCGGUGCCCCUCCCCCAGAUCCUGCCCAAGUCACUGUCUGUCACAGCAGACUGGUGCAACGUCACCCUGGAGUGCACAGCCGUGGGGGCCUCAGAGGACCUGAAUGUGACCUGGUGGCACAGUGACCUCCCCAGGAAGUGGCAGCAGGCAGGGACCCUGGGACCAGUCCCCAGCAUCUGGCCCCUGGCUGUGCGCCUGCCCCUGGACCAGGCCAACACCAGCCUCACCUGCAACGCCAGCAACCAGGUGGACCUGAAAUCUGCCACCACCACGCUGGGGGACGUCUGUGCCCAUCAUACACAGGGACAGCCCACUCGUCACCACCUGCUAGGCAUUGUAGUUGCUGUCCCGGCUGUGCUGCUGAUUGUGGGAGUCGGGCUGUACCUGUGGAAGACACGUGGGAAGAAGAAGGAGGAGACGGAGACGGGAACAGGUGCGGGAUUGGAGGAGGGCCGGCGGGACCAUGAGGAUGACAUCCACCAUGUAGAGCUGAGAAAACAAGAGCCCAAGGAGGGCGGGGACAAGGGCAUCCGUGGACAACAUCUGGAAGGAAAGAGUCCUGUCACUACUAUCUACAGUGAGGUCCACAGGCCAGGCCCGCCUGAGAAGGUCAUUUAAGUGGAAGCAGCAGGAGAAGGCAGCACUCCCAGGCUGCCUCCGUUCCCAGCAGGACGCCUGCAGACCUGUCCUCUCCCAGCUCUGCUCCAGCUCCAGCUGCCUGGUCAGUGUUAUUGACACUUGUGCCCUCAGCUCCCUGGUCACACAGGACCAAUGUCACCUGUGCCACUUUUUCUGCUGGUAAAACGGGGUCUCUGGGGAUGUGGGCACCCCCACUGCUGGGUGGGCCAAGGUCACUGGGCGGCCACCACAGAAACGCCACAGAGGUACAGAGACAUGGCUUGCAGGCGCUGUGUGCUUCCUGCAGCCUCUGGUUCGGUCACCACCCCACUUCCUGGGUCCUCCAGUCAUGGGUCAUGCCGCCGCUGCUCCGAUGGUUCUGCCACGUCCACGAGUUCAGUCCACCGCCUUCAGAUGUACUG